UUAAUAAAGGCAUGUCGGAACCUUGUGUUGGAGCCAGUGUUUCCUGAAGGGUUUGUUGUGAUAUGCCUGGAUACGGUGCUUCAUCCUGUGAUGCUGCAGCACUAACAGAUGAUCACAGAUAAUCCCGUCGACAUCACAUUAAAAGGAUGAUAAUGAUGGACGAGAGCGCAGAGCUGUCUGUCUCUAUAACGCAGAUUGUUCAGCGGCUCAAAGGGACUCAUUUACACUCUCAGCUGGAGAAACAGGCUAAAGAAUGUUUGCACAAACCCGAAAUUAAACUGGAAACGCUGAAAGAUGAUGUGAGAAGAUUUUUAAAGGCAUCAGGUUGGGAGAGAAAAUUACAAAAUGCCGUUUACAGGGAAUUACACAUUCUGCCUCCCCCUGGGCACCCUAGAGCACCUCCUGAACACACCAAAGAGCCCUUGGCAUAUAUGCGCAAAGCCCAGGUGAACUGGGAGAAGAGGAUCCUGAAGAGUUUGAACAGUAUGUGCACUGAGUUGGGAAUUCCAUUGGCACGGAAGCGGCCAGUCCCAGAGCAGAAAGAGCUGACAAAUAAAUGGAAUGAGAUGGGAACUGAUGAACCAGACCUAAGCAAAUUCAGACCUGUCUACGCACCCAAAGACUUCCUUGAGGUGUUGGUUGGUUUAAAAAACCCAAAUAACGAGCGCAGUGAAGAUCUCACAGUCAGAAGCCACUGGGGAUUAAUCCAGGUUUCCCUCAACGUCCGUGACAUUCCUCAAAUGAGGGAAAUGUAUCCAGAACUAGGAAUUACUUAUGGACAGCUUGGUAUAGAUGAUCACACUCAUGUUCCUCCAGAUUUGUUUGAGAGUGAGCACAUUCACAUUGGAAAAAAAGUGGAGAGCGAGCAAGACAGUGCAGCGGCGCAGCAGUACAGCAGGCAGGGCUGCCCCACCGGUCUCAGGGCUCAGUUAUGGUCUCUCAUCCUGAAUACUAGUAAUGAUCCUGAGUUCUUUUGUUUUAAUUUCAUUAAACAGGACAUAACACAUUAUGAACAGCUGAAGGCUAGAGUCAUACACCAUGACCUGCUGGUGGACAACCUAAUAUAUAAGGAUGUGAAGCUUACUGCAAGUAAUGAUGACUACUACUUUGUGUUUGAGGACUAUUUAUAUCAAGUCUUGCUGUGUUUUUCUCGAGACACUGCAGUCCUGGAGCAUUUCAACUACAACUGUGCUACACCGCCCAAAUCUUGCAUCCAAAGCAAGUCUGGCUCAGAGCAGUGUGCUGUGGUUUACCCUCCGAAUGGUGUCAUUCCAUUCCAUGGCUUCUCAAUGUAUGUUGCACCACUGUGUUUCUUAUAUAAUGAGCCUUCGAAGCUGUACAGCGUAUUUAGAGAGAUGUAUAUUCGCUACUUCUUCAGACUACACUCUAUCUCCUCACAUCCAUCUGGUAUAGUGUCUUUAUGCUUGCAGUUUGAGAGAUUACUGCAGACUCAUCUUCCCCAGCUUUUCUACCAUCUAAGAGAGAUUGGAGCCCAGCCGUUGCGUAUUGCGUUUAAGUGGAUAGUCCGGGCCUUCUCAGGAUACCUGUCCACGGACCAGCUCCUAUUGUUAUGGGACCGUAUCCUAGGAUAUGAUUCCUUAGAGAUAGUAGCAGUCCUGGCCGCUGCUGUCUUUGCCUUCCGAUCCGAAAACCUAAUGGAAGUGACAUCACUGGCAUCAGCUGAGGUUGUUACUUGUGUGUGUAUGUGUGUGUUAAGCAAUACAAAAAUAGUGUCUUCACUCACAGCCAACACUAGUAACCCAGUCCACCCAAGGCACAUGUUUCAAAAUUGCUGGGAUAACCACUUUUAAAAGUGGACCAAGUCCCCCACACCCCAGCUCUAAAAUGUUUUGACGAUGUGAUGUAAAAUGUGAUGGGAAUUUUAGCAUGACAGUUAACUGUCGACACUGUAUAUGUGUGUGUGUAUCCUUCUGUGCCUUUGUAUGUGUAACAGUUUAUAGCUCAUUACUUAAAAGAAUAUUCUGGGUUUAGUACAAGUUAAGGCCAAAAGAAAGCACUUGUGGCAUGAUGUUGAUUACCACAAAAUAGUUUCCAAUUGUCCUUAAUUUUUUUUUCUUUAUAAACACAAAAACCUGUGUUCCAUUGAGGCACUUACAAUGGAAGUAAAUGGGGACAAAAUGUAAACAAUAAGUGUUAACAUUGAUUUGAGUUAAGAAUAAAUGGCUGUGUGCAGUUACAUCCAAUUUUACAUCUUUGUUUCCAUUACAAUGUGACGUGAUAAACCACAAAACUUAUAACAACAGUAAAAUGAUGAUUUAAACCACUUUAAAGAGUGGUCACAUGUGAAGUCCAGUUAUUUCAAUAGGAAUCCAUGCCAAGGUGAAGAUUCCCCUUCACUUUCAUUGAGAAAGUCUGUAUACAGUAACCAAGAUUAUGUUUUUUUUUUUUUAAUGAUUUAAUAUAAUUCUACAAAUUCUGAUUUUAGCUAAACUUGUACUGAACCUAGAAAAUGUCUUGCCUUGAAAUCAGAGGCACUGUAUAUUUGGAUCAAAUCUAUUUUUAACUACUAAAUAAUAUUUGUGACCCUGGACCACAAAACCAGUCUUAAGUGUCAAUUUUUCAAAAUUGGUAUUCAUCAUCUGAAAGAAGAAUAAAUAAGCUUUCCAUUGAUGUAUGGUUUGUUAGGAUCGGACAAUGUUUGGCCGAGAUACAACUAUCUGAAAAUCUGGAAUCUGAGGGUGCAAAAAAAUCAAAAUACAGAGAAAAUUGCCUUUAAAAUUGUCCAAAUGAAGUUGUUAGCAAUGCAUAUUUCUAAUCAAAAAUCAAGUUUUGAUAUAUUUACGGUAAGAAAUUUACAAAAUAUCUUCAUGGAACAUGAUCUUUACUUAAUAUCCUAAUGAUUUUUGGCAUAAAAGUAAAAUCAAUAAUUUUGACCCAUACAAUGUAUUUUUGGCUAUUGCUACAAAUAUAUCCCAGCGACUUAAGACUGGUUUUGUGGUCCAGGGUCAUAUUUUAAUAUGCAAAAGCCAUAUUAAACUUAAUUUCUACAUUUAACUUGAAACUUAAAACUUGAACUUAUGAAAGCAUCCUAUGCUAGCUAAGAGGUCUGCACUGUCGGAUGCUGUCGCAUUCAGCUGCUUGAUUGACAACUGUAGUAAAAGUGCAUCUGACCUGCUUUCAUUAAUUCUGGCUGUAACCUGCAGUGACGCACGGGCCUGGGCCCCAAGACGCUGUGAAGAUGCUGCUGGACAGUAUCUGCUUGCUUAUGUACCACCUGGUCCCUACAGGAGAAAGUAUCAUAACACGUUGUAUUUUUAGUGCCCAGGCCUGGUCAUGAAACAUUAGAGGAGACGUGCUAACCUGAUAGGGGCCUCUAAAUUUAUUUGCUUCCAAUUCCAUAAGGACCGAAGCUUGAGAACACUUGAUUCCCUCUGAAGGCCCCCGCCCAAAAAACCGCUUCCAAACACUUGAGUCACGUCAGUGCAGGCCAGCGGACACCAUUUGGUGAAACUGGAUUGACGGUUAUGCGUCUUUGUAGUUCGAGCAAAUUUUCUCAUGCAUAAAAAAAGGUAAUUAUCCUUUGUCGAUAACAUUUGCCCCUUUCGCACCGCUUUAGUUCCAGAACUAAAAGUACAGUACUAAAGUACUGGGACGAUUUUGCGCGAACUAUUUCCCAGUACCAUUUAAAGGGUUGCAUUCGCACCGACAGUGGGUACUAGGAAGUGACGUAAGCUGGUCGACAGCGAUGUCAUUUGUGCGUGGCAUUCAACAAUGAAAACAAAGAAGAACAACGUUAACAACAGGAGGACGCUGUGAUCGGAGCUGUGUUUUUGUUGCGGGGUUCACAAUAAUGGACAUGGAAUGUCGAUGUAUACGUCAAUUGAUUGAAAGAUCGGAAAGGAGUUCAAAAUGUUCAAAAGUGCCUGCACUUCAGCGUCCGUCCAUCUAUCGCUGUUCUCCAUUCUUGCGAAAUAUAAGUUGAUGCGAUGUUUACACAGUGUGUGUUUACACGCCGUUUUAAAUCAUGGCGGGUGAGGGCGUUUUCGUACGCGUUUAGCCAAUCAGCGUACACUUCCUAUGGAACUGUUUUAGACCCUACUCUGAAGUAAGAGCCAAUUAGUUCCUCCAAACGGAGUUCCGGGAACUAAAACAAUUCCUAGUUCCCGUGGUGCGAACACGCCAAAAAGUGGGUAGUUCCACAAUUAGUUCGGGUACUAUGAAAAGGUUCCUGCGGUGCGAAAGGGCCUAUUGUCAGUUUCAAACUGAGGUUGCUGGUGAGUUGCAAAUUCGUAUGACCAGCUUGAGCAUCACAGAAAUCUUUGGCGAAAUAUGACUGCACCUUAAGUGCCUGGUGUUUUUAUUGUCAGGCAAUCUGAAUAGAUGCCUCUGUUGUGAAUAUUUACCAUAAUGGACAACACGAGCUUAAAUCUACAGCCACACUUGCAUAUUACAUGGCCAGAAAGAGUCUUCGUUUUCGCAUUUUCAAUACUUUUCUUCUUGCAGGCUGUUCUUGCAGACCUCUCAACCCUGAAGGUGAUGCCCUUGCUGCAGAUCUUCCUCUUCGCCACCUCCGUCUGAGAAGCUGGUGGUGUAUUUGUCUGCUUUGGUGGCUGGAUGUUCAAGUCCAUUUGGAUUCAAUGUUGACUUUAAAGGGAUAAUUUACCCAAAAAUGAAAAUUCUGUUUUUCUCAAAUUUACUCACCCUCAUGUCAUUCCAGUGAAAUUUGUAUAACAUUAGUAUGUUUGUAUGACCUUCUGUCGUCUUUGGAACAUAAUAGAAAAUGAUUGAAGAAUGUUGGUAAUCUCACAGUUUUGAGCACGAUUGACUUUCAUUUCAUUGUAUGGACCAAACCAUUUCUCAAAAAAUGUUCUUGUAUGUUUCACAGAAGAAGGAAAGUCAUACAGGUUUGGAACAACCUGUGGGUGAGUAAAAAAUGAAAAGGAGAAAAAAAAAGAAAAAUUGUGUGAAGUGUUCUUAUAAGUCCUUUUUUUUUUUACCUGAUGUAACCGAUUCCUCUUACUUAGGAACCUUCUUGCACCAUUCUGGUACUGUAACUGCCUCUCAAGAUUCAGUGAAUUCCACAUGGAUAAAUUUAAGUCCCACACUGCUUUUUCCUUUUUUCACAGAGAAAUGCAUUCGAUUAUGGGAGUACAAAGAAUUGCAGAUGCCCUGUUUCAGGUUGGGUUGACUGUAGGAUUUCCAGGGAAUUGUUUGAACUGCAAUAGUGACACAAGGGAAAAAAAGACUAGACAUGGAACAGAAUAAUUCAUGAAUAAUAUGCUGUCAUUAUAUACAUAUAUAUACACAUAUAUGAAUAUAUGUAUUGAUGAGCCAUUAUAUUAUGGCCACCUAUCUAAUAACCUGUUGGAACUACUUUAGCUCACAAAACAGUAGCCACGUGGCGGGGCAUUGAUUCUACGAGGUGGCCAUAGGUCUCCUGGGGUAUUUGGUAUAUAAAUAAAAAUGACCUUGACCUUGACCUUGGUAGCGCAAGUCCCCCAGUUCCUGUACACUGCGGAAUGAUGUAGCAUGAACCCGCUUUUCCCCCAUGAAUGGGUGUGCUUGGUUUGUGUUCAGAUACUUGACAGUACAGUGUCAGGAAUUGUGCUGUUGGGAUAAUAGGGCCUAAAGUGGCCCACGAAAACAUUGUCCACAGCAUAACACCACCCAACAGUGCAUCCAGGUGCCAUAGCCUCUGUUGGUAAUUGACGUAUUAGGCCUCGGCCAUCGAUGUGAUGCACCAGAAAUCUUGAUUCAUCAGACCAGGCCACUUUCUUCCAUUUGGCCCAUUUCAUGCGCUGUUGGCCAUGCCGUGCAGUUAGCAUGGGGACCUGGCUGCGUCGUCGGCUAUUCAGGCUGUGAUGAACUGUGUGCUGUGACAUAUUGCCCUGGUCACCUCUGUUGUAGCUGCUGGUGAUUUGUCGCACUGUGGCCCUGUGGUCACUGAACAAUGCACUACGGUUUCCGCUCCCCUCUGGCAUCAGUGAGCUGUGGACAACUGUUCACUAUUUGGCCAUCUGUGUAACACUUGAUACAUACUACAACGGCAUGUGAACAACCCACAAGGUGCGCCAUUUCCAAGAUUGAUAGCUGCUCCUCAGGUGGUAUAUAUAUUGAUUUGUGAACUGCACUUGCAGAACCAUAUGGUUAUCAGCACUCAUUGCUCUGUCUAGGCUGAGGGUGAUCAUAAUGUAGUGGUUCAUUGGUGUGUGUGUAUAUGUAUAUGUGUAUAUAUAUAUAUAUAUAUAUAUAUACACUGCAGUUUGAUUGAGAUUAAUUGGAAUGCACAGUGAAAAAACAUGAUUUCUGAGAAUUGUUAAAAACUUUUGCAAAUGAACUCUUCAUAUAUGUAUGGAAUCUUAUAAAUAUGUUGGUGCAGUAUUUUCAAACUAAACUAAAACUAUUGGAAGUAAUUUCCAUUAAUUAAAUAAAGCUCAAAUUAAAUUAAAUAAAAAUAUAAGAUGGAAAAACCCAAACUUAAAUGAAAAUUAGAACUGUUGCCUUUGCAACUAACUAAAAUUAAGUGCUAAAACGGAAAUCAUUUGAAGCUAAAUAGAAAUUAAAAUAAAGACGACAAAAUCACAUAACAAAUUUAAUAAAUCUUAAACUAAAAUUAAAAUGAAAUCUGAAAUAUAUAAUACAAUUCCAAAAUAAAUAAAUACAUAAAUAUAAUAAAUAAUAUAUAAAUAACAUUAAUAUAACAUUGGUUACUCUUAAAAUGCCUUAGAAUUGCAUCUCAGCCACAAAGCUAAAUACCAGGACAGUUUAAAAAAAAAACCGAAUAAAUAAAAAUACUGUCUUUCAUGAUAAUGAGGUUCAUUCUGUAUGAUAUUUAUAUGUUAAUGAUAGAGUUUGUACUAGAAACGACAUUUGUAGUUGCAUUUGCAAGUUUUAAAGAUUCCCAGCCAGAUAAGGCCUUGUAAGGAUCUUAACGGAAGUUUUGAAAUGAUAAUAGAUGCCAUCAACUUCAGUAGGAUACUCUGGUUAGCCCUUGGCUUAGUGCCAGUGAAUUUGGAUGAGAACACUUAUCAAACUUGAACAUAAGUGCAAUUUCCAUGGAUAACAGAAGCGGCACUGAUGGAGAUGUGUAUUUGCCUUUCAUAUUUGCAUAAUGACUGUUUUUGUGACAAUUAAUAAACUCAGAUCUCAUUACACUCCCUGAGAUCAACAAAAAUGUUAUUGAUUGAUUUGAAAGGGAAAUGCAGGUAAUUUUAAAGUCAUACACCAAAUGAAUUGUGUUCUUUUGUCUGUAUCAUCUGUUUGUUUUGAGAACGGGGGGCACUUUAUACAUCCCUGCAUGUGCAAUAAUGUAACAUACAUUUUAUGCAAAUUGCAAUUAAUCAAUGUUUAUUAUCUUUUGACUGCUAAAAGUUUUUUCUAACAUCACUUGUAUAGGUUAGUUCUGUUCUUGACAGUAGCUAUUAUUUAUUUAGAAGCAGUUAUCUGAUGCAGAAAUGCAUGUGAAAAAAUUGCCUAAAUUACAUUUGAAACUGUUAUUUCAUUAUUCAUUCAAUAACAUUCUGAACAUAAUUUAAGUGCUGUUACAUUGUAGUAACUGUUACAUUGCCCUACAUUACAACGCAUGACUAGAUUUUUGUUUAAACUACAAUAAAUAUUUCAAUACAUUUUAUUCAAUAAAAUUUGUACAGUUUUAACAGUAAUUUCACGUUGUUAUGUACAAUCGUUGCAUUGCCUUAUAUUAAUGUGUAUAAUUAGAUUUUUGUUUCAACCUCCAUAAAUAUUUCAGUAUUUCUUUGUAACAGAAUUUUUCAUGAUUCUGUGUAAUUGGAUAUUAAAUUUGAUCAAAAAUGUACGUGUAAAAGUGCAUUUUUGUAAGAUUUUAAAUUUGCUAUCAGUCAAAUGUGCUUUAAGCUAUGGCAUGCCGUUCAGGAAAUUAUGGUAUUUAUAAUAUGAAGAUUGAAUAUCUUGAAUGAAAGUAUAAAUAUAUGGAAUGAAACUUGUCUUGAAUAUAUGUAAUGAAAGUCUGAAUAUAUAGAAUAAAAGUUUGAAUAU